AUGGGAGAAGGAAAGAAGGGAUCUGGAGGAGGGGAGAAGAGCGGAGGAGCGCCCCCCAUCCAGGAGAAGAAAGGAGGGAAAGCAGAGGAGGGAGGGCCAGCGCCCGAGGAUGCCCACAAGUGCUGUGGCUGUCGCUUCCCCCUGCUCAUCGCCCUGCUACAGCUGCUGCUGGGGGUGGCCAUCACAGCCGUGGCCUUCCUCAUGGUCACCAUCAGCCCCUCGCUCCUGGCCAGGGAGACCCCACACUGGGCCGGCAUCAUUGUAAGCAUGGACCCGCCUCGUCCUUCUGUAUGCAUGGACACUUAAUAUGGCCUUGUGCCACUGUUGUAGCUGCAUGGGCCUUUGCCUUAUCUUUCUUUGGUCCCUAUGUCCAUCUUCACCUCACCUCACUACGUGACCGCAUGGAUCCUCGUCCUCAUACUCUAACAACCCAAUGCAACCUUGUGGAUCUACAUGCAUGCACACUCAAUAUGGCCACUAUUGUUGCUGCCCUAUCCUUUAAUCCUUCUGUCCAGCCUCACCUCAAAUCAAAUCAAAUCAAAUGUAUUGGUCACAUACAGAUGGUUAGCAGAUGUUAUUGCGAGUGUAGCGAAAUGCUUGUGCUUCUAGUUCCAACAGUGCAGCAAUAUCUAGCAAGUACUAUCUAACAGUUCCACAACAAAAUCCUAAUACACACAAAUCUAAGUAAAGGAAUGGAAUAAGAAUAGAUAAAUAUAUGGAUGAGCAAUGUCAUUAUCAGAGUGGCAUAGGCUAAGAUGCAAUAGAUAGUAUAGAAUACAGUAUAUACAUAUGAGAUGGGUAAUGCAAGAUAUUUAAACAUUAUUAAGAUAGUAAAGAAUACAGUAUAUACAUAUGUCUGUAGCUCAGCUGGUAGAGCACGGCGCUUGUAACGCCAAGGUAGUGGGUUCGAUCCCCGGGACCACCCAUACACAAAAAAAUGUAUGCACGCAUGACUGUAAGUCGCUUUGGAUAAUUAUAUUAUUAUAUGAGAUGGGUAAUGCAAGAUAUGUAAACAUAAUUAAAGUGGCAUUAUUAAAGUGACUAGUGAUUUUCAAGUCUGUAUGUAGGCAGCAGCCUCUCUGUGCUAGUGAUGGCUGUUUAACAGUCUGAUGGCCUUGAGAUAGAAGCAGUUUUUCUGUCUCUCAGUCCCAGCUUUGAUGCACUUGUACUGACCUCGCCUUCCAAUCCCCCAUGUGUUUUUUUUUCUCGCAAAUAUAUAUACACUACCGUGCAAAAGUUUGGGGUCACUUAGAAAACAUACAUGAUAUGAGUUUGAAUAGGCAGUGGCUAGUUGUCCUUGAUUAUCUUUUUGUCCUUCCUGUGACAUCGGGUGCAGUAGGUGUCCUGGAGGGCAGGUAGUUUGCCCCCGGUGAUGCGUUGUGCAGACUGCACCACCCUCUGGAGAGCCCUGCGGUUGUGGGCGGUGCAGUUGCCGUACCAGGCGGUGAUACAGCCCGACAGGAUGCUCUCAAUUGUUCAUCUGUAAAAGUUUUUGAGGGUUUUAGUUGACAGACACAUUUAUUCAGCCUCCUGAGGUUGAAGGGACGCUGUUGCGCCUUCUUCACAACACUGUCUGCGUGGGUGGACCAUUUCAGUUUGUCAGUGAUAUGUACUCAGAGGAACUUAAAACUUUCCACCUUCUCCACUGCUGUCCUGUCUAUGUGGAUAGAGGGGUACUCCCUCUGCUGUUUCCUGAAGUCCAUGAUCAUCUCCUUGUUUUUUUUUACGUUGAGUGAGAGGUUAUUUUCCUGACACCACACUCCGAGAGCCCUCACCUCCUCCCUGUGGGCUGUCUCAUCGUUGUUUUUUAAAUGUAUUUUACAUUUAUUUUUUGGGGGUAGAUCAGCUUUAAUAUUGCAGAUAGAUUAUAACUUCCAUCAAUGGGCGGCAGGUAGCUUAGUGGGUAAGAGUGUUGUGCUAGUAACCGGAAGGUUGCUGGUUCUAAUCCCCGAGCCGACUAGGUGAAAAAUCUGUCGAUGUGCCCUUAAGCAAGGCAUUUAACCCUAAUUGCUCCUGUAAGUCACUCUGGAUAAGAGUGUCUGCUAAAUGACUAAAAUGUGAUUGUCUGCAUCACUUCCAAUCCCCCAUAUGUUUUUUUUUCUCGCAAAUAAUUAUACACUACCGUUCAAAAGUUUGGGGUCACUUAGAAAACAUACAUGAUAUGAGUUUGAAUAGGAAAUAUAGCAAAAUGCAUAGGAAAUGUAGUCAUUGACAAGGUUAGAAAUAAUGCUUUUUAAUAGAAAUAAUACUUCUGUCCUUCAAACUUUGCUUUCGUCAAAGAAUCCUCCAUUUGCAGCAAUUACAGCCUUGCAGACCUUUGGCAUUCUAGUUGUCAAUUUGUUGAGGUAAUCUGAAGAGAUUUCACCCCAUGCUUCCUGAAGCACCUCCCACAAGUUUGAUUGGCUUGAUGGGCACUUCUUACGUACCAUACGGUCAAGCUGCUCCCACAACAGCUCAAUAGGGUUGAGAUCCGGUGACUGUGCUGGCCACUCCAUUAUAGACAGAAUACCAGCUGACUGCUUCUUCCCUAAAUAGUUCUUGCAUAGUUUGGAGCUGUGCUUUGGGUCAUUGUCCUGUUGUCGGAGGAAAGUGGCUCUAAUCAAGCGCCGUCCACAGGGUAUGGCAUGGCGUUGCAAAAUGGAGUGAUAGCCUUCCUUCUUCAAGAUCCCUUUUACCCUGUACAAAUCUCCCACUUUACCACCACCAAAGCACCCCCAGACCAUCACAUUGCCUCCACCAUGCUUGACAGAUGGCAUCAAGCACUCCUCCAGCAUUUUUUCAUUUGGUCUGCGUCUCACAAAUGUUCUUCUUUGUGAUCCGAACACCUCAAACUUCGAUUCGUCUGUCCAUAACACUUUUUUCCAAUCUUCCUCUGUCCAGUGUCUGUGUUCUUUUGCCCAUCUUAAUAUUUUCUUUUUAUUGGCCAGUCUGAGAUAUGGCUUUUUCUUUGCAACUCUGCCUAGAAGGUCAGCAUACCGGAGCCGCCUCUUCACUGUUGGCGUUGAGACUGGUGUUUUGCGGGUACUAUUUAAUGAAGCUGCCAGUUGAGGACCUGUGAGGUGUCUGUUUCUCAAACUAGACACUCUAAUGUAUUUGUCCUCUUGCUCAGUUGUGCACCGGGGCCUCCCACUCCUCUUUCUAUUCUGGUUAGAGACAGUUUGCGCUGUUCUGUGAAGGGAGUAGUACACAGCGUUGUACAAUAUCUUCAGUUUCUUGGCAAUUUCUCGCAUGGAAUAGCCUUAAUUUCUCAGAACAAGAAUAGACUGAUGAGUUUCAGAAGAAAGUUAUUUGUUUCUGGCCAUUUUGAGCCUGUAAUCGAACCCACAAUUGCUGAUGCUCCAGAUACUCAACUAGUCUCAAGAAGGCCAGUUUUAUUGCUUCUUUAAUCAGCACAACAGUUUUCAGCUGUGCUAACAUAAUUGCAAAAGGGUUUUCUAAUGAUCAAUUAGCCUUUUAUAAUGAUAAACUUGGAUUAGCAAACACAACGUGCCAUUGGAACACAGGACUGAUGGUUGCUGAUAAUGGGCCUCUGUACGCCCAUGUAGAUAUUCCAUAAAAAAAUCAGACGUUUCCAGCUACAAUAGCCAUUUACAACAUUAACAAUGUCUACGCUGUAUUUCUGAUCAAUUUGAUGUUAUUUUAAUGGACAAAAAAAUUGCUUUUCUUUCGAAAACAAGGACAUUUCUAAGUGACCCCAACAUUUUGAACGGUAGUGUAUAUAUAUACAUAUACAUACAUACACAUACAUAUACACAUACAUACAUAUACAGUGGGGAGAACAAGUAUUUGAUACACUGCCGAUUUUGCAGGUUUUCCUACUUACAAAGCAUGUAGAGGUCUGUAAUUUUUAUCAUAGGUACACUUCAACCGUGAGAGACAGAAUGUAAAACAAAAAUCCAGAAAAUCACAUUGUAUGAUUUUUAAGUAAUUAAUUUGCGUUUUAUUGCAUGACAUAAGUAUUUGAUCACCUACCAACCAGUAAGAAUUCCGGCUCUCACACACCUGUUAGUUUUUCUUUAAGAAGCCCUCCUGUUCUCCACUCAUUACCUGUAUUAACUGCACCUGUUUGAACUCGUUACCUGUAUAAAAACACCUGUCCACACACUCAAUCAAACAGACUCCAACCUCUCCACAAUGGCCAAGACCAGAGAGCUGUGUAAGAACAUCAGGGAUAAAAUUGUAGACCUGCACAAGGCUGGGAUGGGCUAUAGGACAAUAGGCAAGCAGCUUGGUGAGAAGGCAACAACUGUUGGCGCAAUUAUUAGAAAAUGGAAGAAGUUCAAGAUGACGGUCAAUCACCCUCGGUCUGGGGCUCCAUGCAAGAUCUCACCUCGUGGGGCAUCAAUGAUCAUGAGGAAGGUGAGGGAUCAGCCCAGAACUACACGGCAGGACCUGGUCAAUGACCUGAAGAGAGCUGGGACCACAGUCUCAAAGAAAACCAUUAGUAACACACUACGCCGUCAUGGAUUAAAAUCCUGCAGCACACGCAAGGUCCCCCUGCUCAAGCCAGCGCAUGUCCAGGCCCGUCUGAAGUUUGCCAAUGACCAUCUGGAUGAUCCAGAGGAGGAAUGGGAGAAGGUCAUGUGGUCUGAUGAGACAAAAAUAGAGCUUUUUGGUCUAAACUCCACUCGCCGUGUUUGGAGGAAGAAGAAUGAUGAGUACAUCCCCAAGAACACCAUCCCAACCGUGAAGCAUGGAGGUGAAAACAUCAUUCUAUGGGGAUGCUUUUCUGCAAAGGGGACAGGACGACUGAACCGUAUUGAGGGGAGGAUGGAUGGGGCCAUGUAUCGUGAGGUCUUGGCCAACAACCUCCUUCCCUCAGUAAGAGCAUUGAAGAUGGGUCGUGGCUGGGUCUUCCAGCAUGACAACAACCCGAAACACACAGCCAGGGCAACUAAGGAGUGGCUCCGUAAGAAGCAUCUCAAGGUCCUGGAGUAGCCUAGCCAGUCUCCAGACCUGAACCCAAUAGAAAAUCUUUGGAGGGAGCUGAAAGUCCGUAUUGCCCAGCGACAGCCCCGAAACCUGAUGGAUCUGGAGAAGGUCUGUAUGGAGGAGUGGGCCAAAAUCCCUGCUGCAGUGUGUGCAAACCUGGUCAAGACCUACAGGAAACGUAUGAUCUCUGUAAUUGCAAACAAAGGUUUCUGUACCAAAUAUUAAGUUCUGCUUUUCUGAUGUAUCAAAUACUUAUGUCAUGCAAUAAAAUGCAAAUUAAUUACUUAAAAAUCAUACAAUGUGAUUUUCUGGAUUUUUGUUUUAGAUUCCGUCUCUCACAGUUGAAGUGUACCUAUGAUAAAAAUUACAGACCUCUACAUGCUUUGUAAGUAGGAAAACCUGCAAAAUCGGCAGUGUAUCAAAUACUUGUUCUCCCCAUUGUAAAUAGAUAUAUAUACAUAUCCUUUAAAAAUAUAUAUUUCCCUUUAUUACUUUCCAACCCCACCACCCCUUCCCUAAUUGGAGUAAACAAGUGAACAACAACGCUUAGGCCUCUACUUCCAGCUUAUACAUACUAUAUACAUUUUAUGGACACAGUCAAAUUCUACAAUAAUUAUAUUUUGUUUAUUUUUACUCCUGAACUUCCUCCGAUCAAUUUCAUGAUGUCCAUCUGGUUUGCUUCUAUAUGCCAUAUUUUUCUAACUGUGCUGUUUCACAAAAGCUCUCAACCUAUAACCUAUAUAAUUAUUAUGGACACAGUAUGCUUUACAUUAGUUAUCUUGUUGUUAUUAGUUGUUGUUAGUUGUUAUUAGUCCCAUCAUUCAGCACCAUUCAACACCUCCCAUCUAUCUCUUAACACCAUCCAUAUUGGAUUUAUAUUUGCCAUAUAUUUUUCAACUGUACUGUGAUGUUUCACAAAAGUUCUGAACCCUUCUAUUCUCAUUGUUUCUACAGAUGCUAAAAGUAUUAUUAUAUUAUUGAUCGAUUGACUAUGACUUUUCAGAUCACCCAAUAGUGCUAUCUGCAGGGUUAGCUCCAGGUAAAUAUUGCAAUCCUUCAGCCAUUCCUGGACCUGGGACCAAAAACAAGCUACAAAUGGACAGUACCAAAACAAAUUAUCUAAUGAUUCUGUCUCUUCGCAGCAAAAUCUGCAGAGCUGGUGGGAAGAUUGUAUCCCCCAUAUAAAUAAUAUUCUAUUGGUAGCAAGAAUCUUGUAUAAUAAUUUAAAUUGAAAAAUUCUAAGUUUUGAAUCCGGUGUCGUUUUGCGUAGCAGUUCAUAAACACUAUGCCAUGGAAUCGGUACGUCAAAAAUCUCUUCCCAACUAUUUUGCAAUCUAUAUGGUACGGCUGUCAAUCCUUUGGUCCUUAAAUGAAACUGGUAUAUUUUUUUAUUUAUCACAAUUUUCUUUAACCAAUUAUGUUCUUUAAUGCAGGGCCGACAGACAAGUUCCUUACUUUUUCGCCCUUCCACUUUCCUCUUCCAUUUUUGCGGUAAUUUCCAUAUGUUUUUGUUAGCUGCAUGUGCGACAUAACUCCACCAGUGCUACCUAUGAUACAAUUUAUGAAGAUUAUACCUUUUUUUAAAUUUUUUAUAAAAAUAUAAUGGCAUUAUUUUUCUUUCUUUUUUAUCAAUUAGUAUAUUUGAGUUUAACAUAAUAUUUGUUGCAUUAUUUGUUCUGUCGUUUCUGGAGGAUUAAAUUGAAAUUGCAACCAACUUUCUAUGACUUGUUUUAGAAAUAGUGAUAUUUGGUAAUCUGAAUAAAGGGAAAAAGGACAUUAUUGAACAUUGGGUGAGACAAUCUUACUAAUUUCCUAGAGAACCAGUUCGGAUUUAAGUAUAACUUUUGUAUGACUGAAGCUUUUAGUUAUAGGUCUAAUGCUUUAAUAUUUAAUAAUUUAUGUCCUCCGAAUUCAUAGUCAUUAUAUAAAUAGGCCCGUUUAAUUUUGCCUGGCUUGCCGUUCCAAAUAAAAUGGAAUAGUUUUUUCUCAUAUAAUUUAAAAAACUGUUCGCUAGGCGUAGGCAAGACCAUAAGCAAGUAGGUAAACUGGGAUAAUACUAAAGAGUUAAUCAGGGUGAUUUUUCCACAAAUAGACAGGUAUUUACAUUUCCAUGGUAGCAAAAUCGUAUCUAUUUUUGCUAACUUUCUAUUAAAAGUUAUUGGAGUGAGAUCAUUUAUUUCAUUUGGGAUAUGUAUUCCGAGUAUAUCUACAUGACCAUCAGACCAUUUUAUUGGCAAACUACAUGGUAAUCAAGCCUACUACUGUGUGUCAUCUGCAAACUUGAUGAUUGAGUUGGAGGCGUGCAUGGCUACGCAGUCAUGGGUGAACAGGGAGUACAGGAUGGGGCUGAGCACACACCCUUGUGGGGCCCCAGUGUUGAGGAUCAGCGAAGUGGAGAUGUUGUUUCCUACCUUCACCACCUGGAGGCGGCCCGCCAGGAAGUCCAGGACCCAAGCUUGAUGAUGAGCUUGGAGGGUACUAUGGCGAUGAAUGCUGAGCUAUAUUCAAUGAACAGUAUUCUUACAUAGGUAUUCCUCUUGUCCAGAUGGGAUAGGGCAGUGUGCUGGCGAUUGCAUCGUCUGUGGACCUAUUGGGGGUAUGCAAAUUGAAGUGGGUCUAGGGUGACAGGUAAGGUGGAGGUGAAAUGAUCCUUGACUAGUCUCUCAAAGCACUUCAUGAUGACAGAAGUGAGUGCUAUGGGCGAUAGUCAUUUAGUUCAGUUACCUUUGCAUUCUUGGGUACAUGAACAAUGGUGGCCAUCUUGAAGCAUGUGGGGACAGCAGACUGGGAUAGUCAUGGACGUAUGUCAUGGACCCUUGUCCUGAUACUCUACCUACCGCGCCUCCCAUGAACUUCACCUACAAUGCAUGCAUGGACACUGGGUUGUACUGCAUCAUCCCCCAGAAUGUAGCUGCAUGGACCCAUCUUCUACCUUCAUUACAUGCAUGGCCUAAUGAUGUAUAUAAACACAUACAGUAUGUAUGGCUAUGGCAUGGCCACACAGACGUUUGUCCUCCUCAUCGCCAUCUUGUCUCCUCAUCGCCAUCUUUGUCUCAACACAUGGCACUCUGGUCCAUUACUAAUUGCUACCUCUUCAAUUUGUACGCCAGAUGUCCUUCUACUCAGACUUUGUCCCUACUGUACGUCUACCUUGCCCUGACUGCAUGUACACAUUCCUACUUAUCAGCCUUAUCUCUCUAUUCACACAUUAUCUUACAUUAGUUUCAUCUAAACUCAAAAUAAGGGUUGUUUAUCAUGCUUAACUGCCUUUUCUAUAGCCGUUUCAACCUCAGUGUUUUAAUGGGAAAGUUCCCCACCCUAAAUGACUCAGAGAUAAACAUGGCACAUGGAUAGGGUGACUCAUAGUCAUUUACUAGUGCCAUGUGGUUUUACAUAGGGAAUGAUUUCAGAUGUACUCCCUUUUCAAUAUGGAGCGUAGUGUGCCAUGCAGUGACAUACAGUGGCUGCAGUUUUUCAUAUACAGUUAUUUUAUUCCUGGCCAGGCAAAAAUAAAUAACAAUUAUGAUCAAGUUUCAGGUUAAAAGUUGCCUUGUUUGCCUUGUUUUUAUAAGGGAUGACCCGCGUGAACAUCCCUCAGUCUCAUUGAACAAAUUGGUUGACAUUCUAAAUGUCAACAUGUUGACUGCUACCAAUUAACUUGACGUUAUUUUCACAUUGUCUCCCUCACUCUCUCACUGUUGAUUAGAUCGAUCUCCUCUAUAAAUAGUUAACUGGCUUAAAGAGUUUCUGGGUCAUUCUACCUCUUUUGAAAGUGUAACUUGGUCAAAAGAAACGUUUGAUUUCACCUAAUUUUAACUUUCUGUAAUAACGUUGGUAGAGCAUGGUGCUUGCAACACCAGGGUUGUGGGUUCGUUUCCCACGGGGGGCCAGUAUGAAAAUGUAUGCACUCACUAACUGUAAGUCGCUCUGGAUAAGAGCGUCUGCUAAAUGACUAAAAUGUCAAUGUAAAUCUCAAGAGGUUAAAUUUAAAAAAUGGCGAUAGUAAGUGCAUACUAAGUGCCAAAUAAAGUAACAGGGUUGACUAACAGGGUUUACGAUUUCUUCUUAAAUCAGCCAUAAAUCCCGUUGUGACAGGGGGAAUGGAAGAUUGUUGUGUGUAACAGGGAGUGGCAAUUGAAUGCAAGCUUCACCAUUUUUUAUUUAUUGUUAAAAAAUGUCUAGCCUGUCUAGCUAUGGGUAACAGGGUUGACGUGUUAUGCUCAACCCACUCAGUUUUCCACCACAAAACACCAGAAAAUGGCCAACAAGAGUUGAAACAGCUCACAUGCUUUUAUUCUAUGAUUUGACUAUUAGAUGUUCAAUGUUUCUUUUGAAAAAAAUAUUUCAAAAAUAGUUUCAUCAUAUUAAAAUGAGAGUUCAGUUCACAUAGCAGGGUUGACCUUAAAAUGAAGGACAGGCGUAAAUCAAUCACUAAUCACAUUAAAUAAAUAAUAAUCUUCAGAAAUGACUUUGUCAAAGCAACAAAAUAACUAGGGCUUUACAAUGAUGGUGAAACUUGGAGACAUUUUGUAAUUAAGUGGGUUAAAACCUUCCUAGAAGUGGGUUGACGGAGGGACAUGUCAAAAUGCUGAAUUUUAGCGCUUCAGCAAGCCUUUAUUCAUAUAAAAAUCUGAUCUAUUGAAUUCUCCAUGUGGUCUUCAUUUGAUAUAACAUGCUUUUAAAAUGCAAUAUUAGUGCACAAUUUCUACUUAAAAUAUCAAAGGGACGCAAAAGGCACUCAUUUCGUGGAUGACCCUUCUAUAAGUUUCAAACUUUCCCCCAACUGUAGUCAUGGCAAGACAACAACAACAACUCUAGAAUGCCAGUCAGUUGUGGGGCAGUAGCCUCUUACCCCAAUCCUAUAGUUAGCUAAUGUCUACAGAUAAAUAAAGCAAAUAAUACUGAAAGUAGCACUUUACUUUACAUUGCCAUUAUACCCAUGUAACUGCACAGUAAUAACAGUAGUAACAACGUUGUAUGAGACCCAAUGUUGUAAAAAUGCAGCGUUUCCUAAAUUGCAUCCUGUACAGAUCCUAAACUCAAACAAUAUGUCAAACACUACAUAGUGCAUCUCCUUAGACCCAGAUGUAUCUCUUAGUAGUAUUUGUUGUGUGUUGGUAUGAUUAUUGUGGCAUCAGUAGCCUCUGAAACAUUAGAACCCUGUCAACUUGUAUAAGACCACACUGGUCCCCUAUUCAAGCAUAUGUUGUAGGCCAUCCAUGAAAGUAAAUGACUAGACAUAUUUUUUCCUGUCUUCUCUAAGAUAAAGUGAUUAUGUAAAAACAUGUUAAUUGAUAAACAAACAUUCUGAGCCAGAGCUAAACGUAGUUUUGUAAGUGUUGCAAAAACACAACAUUGGGAUUAAAGGGUCGCCAAACUGAGCCAUUGGGCUACAUUCAUAUAUUGAUUGACAAGUUAGAGAGAUUGUUCUCCUUCAAAAUUCUGCAAAUAUGGACAACAAAAUACUUCAAGAGUAACUUUGAUGUCCCCUCUACACAUCAAAAGAACAAAACUACCAUUUUUGUUAGUUUUUUUGUGUGUAGUUUAUGAGGUAAGAAUACUGCCUUUGAUGACCAUUCAUUUUAUGGUAAAGAAGUAAGAUAGGAGGUUCUCUCUAUACAUAAAUCCAGAAUUAUACAACCAAAUAUUAUUAAAAGUAAGUUAGAUGUUCUCCAUGCGUACAAAACCCACCAAAUAGUUGAUCCUUUCAAAAUACAUAUGUUUUUGACAGCGAUAUUUUAAAAAUGUGGAUCGAUCGAAUUGAUCAAUUUGGCUAUUUCAGACAAAAUAGGACUUCAUUUCAGUUUAAUAUGUAAAUGCUUUUGAUCCAUUUUGAUGUGAAUUUCACCGUUUUUUUUAUUAACACACAUUUUCCUACCAUUGAAGCCCAAUGUUGCAUGUUUGCAACGUUUCCAGAUCUUUCUGAGCAAACUUAACAUUAAAAAAACUGAUUAUUUUCAUAAUCAGAGGCCUAUUACAAGUACACUAUAUAUACAAAGGUAUGUGUACACCACUUCAAAUUAGUGGAAUAGGCUAUUUCAGCCACAGCUGUUGCUGACAAGUGUAUAAAAUCGAACACACUGCCAUGCAAUCUCCAUAGACAAACAUUGGCAGUAGAAUGGCCUUACUGAAGAGCUCAGUGACUUUCAACAUGGCACCGUCCUAGGAUACCACCUUUCCAACAAGUCAGUUCAUCAAAUUCCUACCCUGCUAGAGCUGCCACGGUAAACUGUAAGUGCUGUUAUUGUGAAGUGGAAACAUCUAGGUGCAACAACGGCUCAGCUGCGACUUGGUAGGCCACACAAGCUCAAAGAAUGGGACCGCCGAGUGUGAAGUGCGUAGCACGUAAAAAUCGUCUGUCCUCGGUUGCAACGUCAGCACAAGAACUGUUCAUCGGGAGCUUCAUGAAAUAGGUUUCCAUGGCUGAGCAGCCGCACACAAGCCUAGGAUCACCAUGCGAAUCUGGGUUUGGCGGAUGCCAGGAGAACGCUACCUGCCCCAAUGCAUAGUGCCAACUGUAAAGUUUGGUGGUGGAGGAGGAAUAACGGUCUGGGGCUCUUUUUCAUACUCCGGGCUAGGCCCCUUAGUUCCAGUGAAGGGAAAUAUUAACGCUACAGCAUACAAUGACAUUCUAGACGAUUCAGUGCUAAUAACUUUGUGGGAACAGUUUGGGGAAUGCCCUUUCCUGUUUCAGCAUGACAAUGCCCCUGUGCACAAAACGAGAUCCAUACAGAGAUGGUUUGUUGAGAUCGGUGUGGAAGAACUUGACUGGCCUGCACACAGCCUUGACCUCAAUUCCAUCGAACACCUUUGGGUUGAAUUGGAACGCCGACUGUGAGCCAGGCCUAAUCGCCCAACAUCAGUGCCCGACCUCACUAAUGCUCGUGUCUGAAUGGAAGCAAGUCCCCGCAGCAAUGUUCCAACAUCUAGUGGAAAGCCUUCCAAGAGAAGUGGAGGCUGUUAAAGCAGCAAAGGGGGGAUCAACUCCAUAUUAAUGCCCAUGAUUUUGGAAUGAGAUGUUCGACAAGCAGGAGUCCACAUACUUUUGGUCACAUUGUGUAUUUCUGAAGGGGAAUAAAAAACAUUUUCCUCAUUUGGAUCUAUGCUUGGGUCUCACAUGGUUAGAAGUAAUACAAGUUACAUAAGACACAGCAUUUCCAUAUUGAAUUUUGAAUGUUCUUCUCAUGCUACUACAAAUUAUAUUUCACUCUAUAAAAACUACAAUGAUGAACCCUUUAAGCCCCAAGGCUAUAGAGGCCUACUAAUGAUAACACAGGGGCCUGACUAGGUAUGUUCCCCUACUGUCUAUACUAGUAUUGUUUUUCUAGGCAAUGUAUGAUAGUGAGCAUUUCUUUAACAAAAUCAUGUAAUCUAUGUGAGAUAUUUCAUGUUUGCAUUUCUGUAGAGGAGAAAAACAUGUUGUUUAGCCUCAGCUUCCUGUAUGCCUUAAUUACAGUGUGUACAGAUGUGUGCAAUCGGAAGCAUCUCAGCACACACAGGGUACAUCUAUCUCGAGUUCUGUCCUCAUGUGACUCACGACCCGGUGACAAACACUGAGGUCACCAAGAUCCUUCUAGAGAAUUCUGACCGCUUAAGAACCUGGGGAAAUCAAUUAAGUUAGAUGCUGCAUGUUAGUCACAAGAUCGCAAAAAAGGAGGAAAACUAUAUAAUUUGCCAUAGCAUUGAUAAUGUUAUCAGAUGACAAUUUGGCCAAGUGUACAAUAUCAAUAGUGAACUUGGGAUAAACAGCUUGAAGAGGGUUGAAGAGACCCCUCUCAGCUGCAAGUAAGAUAAGAGGUUUGCUUGUAUGUGUUGUGUGUGUGUGUGUGUGUGUGUGUGUGUGUGUGUGUGUGUGUGUGUGUGUGUGUGUGUGUGUGUGUGAGCGCGUGUGUUAGAAAACCAUGGCAACACUUCGUAUCAGCAGAUCAAAUCCUGGGAUGAAUAUCUGAAUCCGAAUGGAUUCAGUUUCCCAAUAACACAUAUGCCAUUCAGAAAAAAAAAACCAGUGCUGGUAACACUUUACUUUAAGCAUGCAGGUAUAAUGCAUUAUGAUGUAGUUAUAAUGCAUUGUAAGACUUUCAUGAGCAUGCAUGACCCCUAUGGUUUUAAAAUAAUCUCAUAAUGAUCUGGACUAAAUACCAGUAUAUAAACCUUUUCAAAGCAGCCUUUGUAUUUUUUAAGUAUACAUUGGAGAAUGAUGAACUUACCAAGUAUACUUGUAGACCCCCACUAAAUCCAUUUUUCUCUGUGUUCUAUGUUACUCUAGUUGUGUGUGGUCUCCUUGCUGGGCUUCGUCCUCUACUGCAUCACCUACGUACCAGACGAGAGGACCUCCAUGCAAUUCAUCGCCAAAGUGAGACCCACAUGCCCUCUGACACAAUUUCCUGUCCAACUGAGCAGAGACCAAGGCAAACUCUCUCUAAUGGGAUGAUUAGUCAUGUUUAUACAGGAGAAUGCCAUUCAUUAUCAAACACAUUUCCCGUCUCAUUCAAAUCAACCAUACAAAGGUUGUUGUUAGAGCCAGUUAAUCUGAUUUAGACUAACGUGUAGGGCCAAUAUACUACAACACAGAGAACAUUGAUUGCCACAUUGACAUACUGUAUGCAGACCUGGGUUCAAAUACUAUUUAAAAUCUUUAAAAUACUUGUUUUAGCAUAGCUGUAAUGCCAGAUGGGCGGGGUUUGCACUUUGUGACUGUUCUAAUACACUGUACAAAAAUAUAAACGCAACAUGCAACAAUUUCAAAGAUUUUACGGAGUUACAGUUCAUUUAAGGAAAUCAGUGAACGUAAAUAAAUUAGGCCCUAAUCUAUGGAUUUCACAUGACUGGGAAUACAAAUAUGCAUCUGUUGGUCACAGACACCUUAAAAAGAAAGUAGGGGCGGGGAUCAGAAAACCAGUUAGUAUCUGGUGUGACCACCAUUUGCCUCAUGCAGUGCGACACAUCUCCUUCACAUAUAGUUGAUCAGGCUGUUGAUUGUGGCCUGUGGAAUGUUGUACCACUGUUCUUCCAUGGCUGUGCGAAGUUGUUGGAUAUUGGCGGGAACUGGAACACGCUGUCGUACACGUCGAUCCAGAACAUUCCAAACAUGCUCAAUGGGUGAUAUGCCUGGUGAGUAUGCAGGAACAUUUUCAGCUUCCAGGAAUUGUGUACAGAUCCUAGCAGCAUUACCAUGCUGAAACAUGAGGUGAUGGCGGCGGAUGAAUGGCAUGACAAUGGGCCUCAGGAUCUGGUCACGGUAUCUCUGUGCAUUCAAAUUGCCAUCGAUAAAAUGCAAUUGUGUUCGUUGUCCGUAGCUUAUGCCUGCCCAUACCAUAACCCCACCGCCACCAUGGGGCACUCUGUUCACAAGGUUGACAUCAGCAAACCACUCAGCCACACGUCUGCCAUUUGCCCGGUACAGUGGAAACCGUGAUUCAUCCGUGAAGAGCACACUUCUCCAGCGUCCAAGUGGCCAUCGAAGGUGAGCAUUUGCCCACUGAAGUCGGUUACGAGGCUGAACUGCAGUCAGGUCAAGACCCUGGUGAGGACGACGAGCACGCAGAUGAGCUUCCCGAGACGGUUUCUGACAGUUUGUGCAUGUGGUUGCACCUUCAAUGUGAUACUGUAUGUACAGUAUAGGGCCAUAGAGAGAAAUGCAGAGCACAGCAUGCCUACUGGCAAGGUUCUGUAGGAGGCCUAUGGGUAGAUGAGCACAGUUAUUGGACAUGAUUUGAUUGUCUCAUUUAAUUGGCCAUAAAAUGUAGGCAGUUGGAAUUUCCAAUCAAUUAGAGUCCGCCCACCACUGUUUGCCCAUUGUGACUGAGCUGCGUACAAAUACAAUAUUUUGGACUUCCUCCACUCAAAAUGUAUGUAAAAGUAGACUUAUAACGUGUAUAAACAGAACAAUACAUUUAAAAAGUAAUACAAUCUACAUUCAGUGGCGUAAAUCUAUUCUCCCUAUUUUUCCUUUCUUUAUGUCUUCCUAAAGUUCAUAACAUAAAAUACUUUGAGUACAGCGAUAUAUGAAAGGCUUUGUGAUGCUCUUUAUGUCAUUUAUGUACAACAGUUGGCAGUACAAUACAUCUCAUGACGUACUUCAGUUCUCCAUAUUUCCCCGCAUUUUUUUUUUUUUUUACCGCCAUUUCAAAUCAAGCAAGCAUCAAACAUGACAUAAUACUAUAAUCGGCAUAUAACGGAGUGUGAAUACAGUGCGAAUCAGGACUCUGUUACGUAACCUGUGGAUUUAGAUGAAUGGCUAGUGCUAUUGUACACUGUAAUUACAUAAACCAUACAAAGCCCCUCUUGCACAUUAUCAAGCUGUAUUUUAGACCCCGUUUACACAAUGUGGACAUUAACUCCUGAGUGGCGCAGUGGUCUAAGGCACUGCAUCGCAGUGCUAACUGUGCCACUAGAGAUCCUGGUUCGAAUCCAGGCUCGAAUCCAGGCUCUGUCGCAGCCGGCCGCGACCGGGAGACUCAUGGGCGGCGCACAAUUGGCCCAGCGUCGUCUAGGGUAGGGGAGGGAAUGGCCGGCAGGGAUGUAGCUCAGUUGAUAGAGCAUGGCGUUUGCAACGCCAGGGUUGUGGGUUCGAUUCCCACGGGGGGCCAGUAUAAAAAAAAUAUGUAAUCACUAACUGUAAGUCGCUCUGGAUAAGAGCGUCUGCUAAAUGACUAAAAUGUAAAUACAGGCACCUGCCAAAAUAAAGGAAACACCAACAAAGUGUCUUAAUAUUGUGUUCGGCCACCACGAGCCGCCAAAACAGUUUCAAUUGUCCUUGGCAUAGAUUUUACAAGUGUCUGGAACUCUAUUGGAGGGAUGCGACACCAUUCUUCCACAUGAAAUUACAUCAUUGGUGUUUUGUUGAUUGUGGUGGAAAACGCCAUCUCAGGUGCUCCACAAUCUCCCGUAAGUGUUCAAUUGGGUUGAGAUCUGGUCACACACACACACAAACACUCCUUUGAGACCCGUCUUUCAAAGUCACCGAGAACUUUUCUUCUAGCCAAAAUAAUGGGCAACUGGCCAUUUUAAUUCAUGACUUCAAGCAUGCUGUGAUGUUAAUUGCUUAAUUAACUCAGGAACCAGACUUUGUAUCCCUCAUUUACUCAAGUGUUUCCUUUAUUUUGGCAGUUACCUGUACAAACACAAAUACACAGCAUGUGGGUAAAGGUACAGUGGGAGGCAGCUGCAUGGGAUUCUCACAGGAACACUGUCUACAUAAUGCAGUCAGUCCUCCUUUUCAACUAGAAUGUUUUUUGUGUGAAAAUGACUGAAUUCUUUAGAAAAUGACCCCAGAUGACAUCAUAGGGGGUCAUUUUCUUCUUAUCUAAGCUAAUUGACUACAUGUAGAACAUUUAGGUUUUCAAAUAUGGAAACACCGGUAUGGUGCUGCUGUGCUGGACAUAAUGAAUAUGAGGUUAAAAAGUGGUGAAGUUCCCCUUUAAGACAGUCUUGCUCUGUCAGGUUCUACCUCUGGCUGGUAGCCAGGAUCUGCUGGUAUUUAUUGGUGCUCUGCGGGGAGAUAAUCGUUAGCAGACAGAAACCUAUUUAGAUUGGAAACUGAUAUGGCUAGAGAGUGGGCAUACCUGGUUCACUAUAGCCUGCUAACACUUAAGUCACUUCAAUCAGUCAUUGAAUGUGCUACAGUAAGCUGAGUAAAGACAUACAACUCCAGUCGUCUUAGCCCUAGUGUAGACAACCAGGGUCAUGUUCAGGCUCCAACACAGAAAAAGCUGUGAAAUAUCGUUGUUAUUGGUAGUCUGUCCUCUAUUUCAAAUAAUGUAUCUAAUUUCGUGCUAAACAUGACCCUGCAGUUGUCCUUAAGGAUGACCUCCCUCUAAGUAUUUAUCCCCCACUAUGCUUAGCUAUGCUAUGAUUCACUACACUACACCACACGAGCUCACUUCCUCUCUUCUCCCCCUCCAGUUGCUGUACUUCAUCCUGUGCACGGUGGGCCUGGUCCUCUCUGUCCUGGUCAUGGCCUUCUCUGGCCAUCACUACGCCCAGACCAACGGCUUCAGCUGCCUGGAGGUGGGAGAUGACUGCUUGUGCACCCUGGACCCCCACGACCCAAUCGCCAGGACCUUCACCUACGCGGGAGUCAGCGAUUGCGGAGAGGUCACAGGCACCCUGAAGUUGUACUUCCUGCUUCAGAUUGCCCUGAACCUGACCCAAGCCCUGGUGUGUGCCCUGGGGGCCUUCGUCAUGUGGAAGCACCGCUACCAGGUGUUCUUCGUGGGGCUGCAGAUGGGCUCGCCCUCCUUCCAGCACUGGCAGAAGGUCUGA